CGGGGAUUGUAAAGGGCAGCCAACUUGAAGUAGCUACGAAGUACGCAUGCCCACCUUUUUGUGCACGCCUCUGGGCGUCAACCAACGAGAGCAAACCUCAGUUAGGGCUAAGACUGUGCUCAAGAUGGGCAGCUGAUCCCAUUCCAUCAUUCCCCAUGGCCUUGAUUACUUUACCCAGGUCCCAUUUUUAUUCAUCUGGUCUUCAAACUUGCAGAGUUUUGACUUGCUUGAGAAAAUAUUUGAGCCCUGAUAACAACAAAAGCAGAAAAGUCAUGUGUCAGGGGUAUUUUUCCCCACAACAAGAGCAAUUCAGAAUCUUUCAUCAUGCAAACUAUAGGAAGCAUCACUUAGAAAAAGAGAGUAAAGCUUACCCAGUUGGAUCUGUGUUUUUCCAAACAGCAGCUUGGGACAGGUUUGAACAAAGUAAUGGUCAUGUGGAUCAUCAGAGGUUUUAUAAGGAACUAAAUAAUUUCACUUCAUCUGAACAGGUGUUAAAAUUUGUAACCACACUGGAAACAUUGUCAGAUACUAUGGCAGCAGCAGCUUUGUAUCGGGUCUCUGAAGUGGAAAAGGAGAAAAGUGCCCAAAAAAUUCCAAAAACAGUUUUGGAGAAUGAAAUCUUCAGAGCAUUAUGCUUUCAGUUCGAAUAUGAGUCCACAAAUCUGUCAGAUACUGGUCUGGUGACUGCUUUGCAAGCUUUGACAGGACUACAUGUGGAUCCCCAGAGUAACUUACUAGUAAAUCUGAUAAUGGAAUGCCAAAAUCGGCUUCAGCAGGGUCACAUGACAAUUCAUAAUCUUUGUGUUCUUGGACAAUGUAUGGUUAAACUCCAGAAUCCAAAUUGUGCAGUGCUCAAAGAAAUUAUACUUCAACUUCAAGGUCAAAAAUUGCAAGAAUGUACACCUGAGGAGAUAGUGGCCAUAUAUACAUUGCUUCAAACUGCUUUUGGAGAAGCGAUUCAACAUCAGGACUUCUUGGAUCAGUUAAACAACCUCUGUAUUUCAUUAGUUUAUAAAUUUAGUCCUACAGUCACAAGCCAAAUACUGAAUGCCUUGGUAACUCUCAACCAAACUCAAGCUUUUCCUUUGGUUGUAAAGCUUUGUGUACAUUCAGUAAAAUUUGUCUCUCAUUUUACCAAUGAAGAGCUAGGAAAAGUCUUAGAGGGUUUCAUAUACUUUGGUUACACUGACAAAUUUUUCAUACAAGCCCUGGAAGAACAUGUUUCCACAUGUUGUCUCACUAUGCAUCCUGAAUCAAUCAGCAAAGUUAUGCAGUACUGUAGUAAAAAAUUGAUUCUUUCAAAACCCAUCUUUGAUGCAGUGGCAGAAAGUUUUGUUUACCAAGCAGAAAUAUUCUCCCCUGUUCAGAUUUCUCAGUUGAUCAUACCCUUUGGGAAACUCAAUUACCUGCCCCCAAAUGCUUCACUUUUUUUUAGGAAGCUUGAAAAUACAAUAAGAACUCGCUUUAAAUAUUUUCCUCCUCAAGCCCUAUUGAAUCUUCUUCAUUCGUGCACCCUCAUUGGUCACCCCCCAGUCAAUUAUGUGGCAAAGUUAUUUAGCCCAUAUUUUCUUCAGAAAUUACAAGUUCAAGAAUUGGGUUUAAGUAAAUCAAGCUUAGCCCAGCUGACCCAGCUUUAUUUAGCAGUGGUCUUGGAAUGUCCCUUCUAUAAGGGUCCUAAACUGCUUCAACAAUAUCAAGUGAAAUCAUUUCUUAUUCCACCUUACCUCCUGGAGACUCCCAUGGAUCUUCAUCUUUAUAAAAUUGUUAGUGUUGCACUAAUUCAUCUUUUAGAAGGAAGAAUAUAUUUUGCUUCAAAAGUUUCAACACCCUGUUGUUACACAGUAGAUAUUGAGAUUAAACUAGAUGAAGAAGGAUUUGUAUUACCUUUUACAAGCGAUGAAGAUGUAUAUAAAAGAUUAGCACUCUGCAUUGAUGAUCCAAAAAGAUUUUGUUUGAAUAGCCACAACUUACUAGGAAAAGAAGCUAUUAAACAAAGACACCUACGAUUACUUGGUUAUGAAGUUAUACAGAUUCCAUAUCAUGAAGUUGAGAUUCUUCCGUCAAGAUGUGAAAUAGUGAAAUAUUUAAAGAAAAAAAUAUUCUUUCACAGAUACAGAUUUUAUUGAUGACAAGAUUGGAAUAUUGACUGCAUACUUGGUGGUAAAAACAGUUUGCAUUCUGGUGGUGACUAAUUUGAACACUUACACACACACAUACACAGCAAAAAAAAAAAAAAAAAAAAAAAACCCGAACAAUUUGUGAAUUAUUCUGAGCCAAUUUAUUAAAAUUUAUAUCUAUCAACAGUUUUCUAGUUCCUAAUGAUUCAGGACAUUUCUUUGUUGCUGCAGUGUGGCUUAAUAAUUUAAAAUAUUUUUGUAAUGUAGCACUGAGAUCAUUCAUGUUAAUUUUUUUGUAUUAUGUUGACUUCAUUUUUUAGAAUAAACUAAAGAAGUAUAACAAAAAUAAUGAUCUUAUUUUGUGGUAGGAAUACUAGAGUCUCUGACUCUUAGGUGGAGCUAGUUUUCUGCUAAUAGAAAAGGAAUCUGUCUCUGAGGCCUAGAGCUAUUGAUAUAACUUCCCAGUUGUUUGGGCCAUAAAAGGUCCAUUCCACAAUGAAUUAGUACCCCUCAGAUUUGAUGAAUGUUCAUCAGCCAUAUAAAGCAACACUUUUGAGUGGAGGCAGUUCAUUUAGAGAGUGACAGUGGAGGCUAUAUCUACCUGAACCAGUACCAUAUCUUCGCGGAAUAGCUUUUCUGUGAUGUGACCUAAAAUGUAUUUGUGGUAUUUCUUCUGAUUGGAGAAAAUAUUUAAUCAUCUUUGUCAUUAAGUUUUUUCAUUUGGGAAAUGUUCAGUUCACCAGUAUACUGAUCCAGAAGGAUGAGAACUAUAAAGACCAUCAGAUUUGGCAAAUAAGAGAUCACUAUGUACUUUUGAAAGAGGAAUUAUAGUUGAGUAAUGACAUUACAAGCCAAAUUACAAAUGGUUAAAAUCAAGUAAAAGGAAAAGAAAUGUAGGCAGUGACAAUUUUAUUUUUGCACUUUGAAAAUCUAGCUUUUAUUAGUAUU